AUGCAUUAUACAGUACCUAUUAUAGACGAACAAAACCCAUUGUACUGCCCUAACAUAGAUGCCGCGGCUUUUCUGGAGAGUCUCCGCCAGCACAUACGUUCUGAUCCUCCUCCCUACUCCCGCUUACCUGAAGAGCAUAUACCCUCCUUCGCGGAACGCCUGGAUCAAUCCCUCGACGAGUCCGAUAUUUAUCGCCUGCUCUACCGUGCACUUCCCCAUGUUUCCAAACUCAGCAGCAAUUCUUCCGUAUCAAGCUCCAUUCGCCAUUGGGAACAAGAAACCCCACUGCCUCGUGCCGGACGUGACCAGUAUGCUCGCAGCCCGCCUGGCGUCAAGGUGAAGCGCAAGCGAUCGGAGUCGAUGGAGACGUUCAGCGACUUGCUUGCGCCGCCCAAAAGGGAGCGUUCCUUGCAGAGCGUGAAUGACAAGUCAUUCGAGGUCAGCGGGAAGGCGGAUCGUCUGUGCUAUUUUCGUGAGGCGGACGGCGGGUGGUACUCUCCCUUCGAGCCUCCCGCAAGCCAGCCGGAAGGACCGUUGACCACAUCUGAGAUGGAGCACAGGAUAUGCGCGUUGGAAGAUGAGUUAUAUGGACCUCCCGUCGGUACGGAGAGCCCCCGAGGCAUCAGUGGGCUCAUAUCCCGCCUUGACGCUAUGCUGCCCGGGAUGCGGCUGAAAGAGCGAUUAUAUGCACUCGAGGCACUGACUCAUCAGCGAAUUGCGGAUAUGCUGGCUAUUGACGGUCAUUUGAACGCGCGCGUCCUCAACAUGCUGCGCAUGUCCGAGAUCGAGUGUCUCGACUUGACUGCGUCGCUCAUGGACGAGGAGGGCUUGAACAUGGGCGGACGCGAGCUUUUACGCGUCUUUGCCAAGCCGAACAGUUUCCUAUUUCUUAGCCAGGUCAGCCUCAGCGGCGCGGCGCUACAGGACAGUGACAUUAUCAAUAUACAUCACCUUCCGCGACUGUCGCAGCUUUGGCUCAGCAACACUGGCAUCGGGAACGAAGCCAUAUUUCACCUCGUCGCCCUGAAGCGCACACUUACCGAGCUCGAUCUUGCGCUCAAUCCGCUCAUCGACGACGAUGCGAUCCCGCCUUUGCUGGCGUUGCCCAAGCUGCAGUUCUUGUCAGUGUUUGACACUGGGGUUGGCAUGCCUGGAUUGCGCCGCCUUGCAGUCGCCGUGCUGGAGAGGGAGAACCAGAAGACAAUGGAUAUCGAGGCGUGUGCUGAGUUGUCGACCGCUGCGCUGCGCCGAAACCUCUCGGAGCACGCUGCGUUCAAUGCUCAGAUUCUGGUUGGAGGAUCGCAGGCGGAGAUGGCGGAGCGGCUGCAACGUAUCCUACGGAUGCGUGAGAUGGACCUCGCGGCAAGGGACCUUGUGUGGACGAGCUUGGACCAUGGCCACAUUGACGAGAAGCCGACGGAAGAGCAGGUCAGAAAUUACAUUCAAACCCGACGCAGAGUCACCAUCAAGGGCGGUCAAGAUCAUCACACAGAACUUCAACGGGUUGCUAUGUGCUGUUGCGUGGCCAGCUCAAGGCGAACACAGCUCGUCAUGCCAGGCAACAUACUCAUCCUGCGCGGGCAGAUCGAGAUCCUGCCGCCGGAGCGGACGACCGUCUCCUACGACUUCCUGGCCCACCUCGUCGGAGACUAUUUGCUGAGCUCGCGUCCGGACGAGGACGUGUCCUCCGCGCUGUCGGUCAUGCCUGCUACACGGAGUACGUCUUUCGCUACUCGGCUGCUCAAGCUGUCUGAGGGAAUGGACCUCAACCCGCUGUUCACCGGCGCGACGGCGUUUCGUCCGGGAGGAGCGGGAGGAGAACUCAAGCUGUUUGAAUAUGCUGGGAUCCAGUUAGUACAUGGGUGGUUGGUUGACCCUGACAGUCCCGAGGCAAAGAUCCUUGAGAAGACUGAAGACUACGACACAUCGAUAAAUCUCCUCGUUGAGGCAGAUCACCUUACCAAGGGGCAACUACUGGCUACUGAAGAAAAUACAGGAUCAUCCGAAGCUGGUGUCACCGGGGUGUACGAUACACUGACGAGCGAGCAACGCCAUAAGAUACAGGAUGGUAUCAUCAUCCGCGAUUUUCUCGACAAAACACAAUCACAACUUACGUACUAUGGCUUGUUCACCCUUGCCUCGACCAUCACCCCAGGCAAGCUCGUCGCGCUCUUUCGCAACUCACAUCUGUCCGUACUCUACAAACCCAUCGGAGAGGACACCGGGCUGUACACGCUCGUUACUGACCAGGUGUUCCUGCACGAAUCGUCCGUAGUGUGGGAGCGCCUCGAGGACGUCGAGGGCGGCAGCUCGUCGUUUGUCGAUUCCGACUUUGUCCGCUCCAGUCCCGCAGGGGGUGACUACGCGGGACACACAGCCGAGAGCGCGCUUCGGGCCAUUGAGGCACAGACGAACGCUAUGUCGCUGGAGCAAAGUGAUGAUCUCGCGCUAGCAAGGCAGCUGCAAGCUGAAGAGGACGAGCAUGCGCGCGAGGUUUAUGCACGGCGUCAGAGGGAGCGGGCGCAAAGAGGAGAGCAACCGCAGACGCUUGCUGCACAGCAUCCGCCCUCGCCUGCAUCUACUGCAGAUAAGCGCAGCCGGAAGCGAAAGCUGAAGAAAGAUGAUUGCAUUGUGAUGUGA